AGCAGCAAGGAGGCAACAUUCACGACGGCGAAGACGAUGAGUUCAUCAGCAGCUCUUCGGGAUUUGCAGAGAGACCUUGAGAACAAAGCCAAUGAUCUCGGAAAAAUUCAGAAAGAUAUCGCGAAGAAUCACCAGUUGAGGAAGAAGUACACGAUCCAACUUGGUGAGAAUGAGCUCGUCCUCAAGGAGUUGGAUUUGUUGGAAGAAGGGGCCAACGUGUACAAACUGAUUGGUCCAGUGCUGGUGAAGCAGGACUUGGCAGAAGCCAAUGCAAAUGUUCGCAAAAGAAUUGAAUACAUUUCUGCCGAAUUGAAACGGCUUGAUGCAAUUCUCCAAGAUAUGGAAGAAAAACAAAACAGCAAAAGAGAUUCGAUAUUGAAGUUACAACAGAGGCUCCAAUCUCUACAGGCAGGAAAAGCAAAGGCCUAAUAAUAAUCGAACAUUCGAAUUUUCGGGUCAAUUUUCUGCGGAUUGGAUCCGAUCGGUAUCCGAUUUUGUAAGUCAUCUUCCUCUGGUAGUUUCAUGGAAGCAGAAAUGUAUCGGGAUGGUGCGUUUGUGUUGAGAUUUAUACCGAAAAGAUUGUCAAAGACUGCUCUUUAGGUCUCUUGUGCGGUUUUUACCUGCCUUGGAAAAAAAAAUAGAGAUGGUGUAAUUUUUCAAAAUUAUAACUUCGUUAAAAAUGUCGGAUUUAUGGA